CUCUUGGAUUGUGACUUCAUAUGUACUAUGUCCAUAAAAACAAUAUAUACUCUACUCCUGAAAUGAAAAAGCACAAUGAAAGUUCUGUUGUUGAAUUCAUUCUCUUAGGCUUUUCUAACUUUCCUGAACUCCAGAAGCUGAUCUUUGGGGUUUUCUUGGUUAUUUAUCUGGUGACUCUGAUGGGAAAUGCCAUCAUCAUACUUGUCAUCUCUCUGGACCAGCGUCUUCAUGUCCCCAUGUACCUGUUCCUCCAGAACCUGUCUGUGGUGGAAGUGAGUUUCAGUGCAGUCAUUAUGCCUGAAAUGCUGGUGGUCCUCUCCACUGAGAAAGCGACUAUAUCUUUUGCUGGCUGUUUUGCACAGAUGUAUUUCAUUCUUCUUUUUGGUGGGACUGAAUGUUUUCUCCUGGGGGCAAUGGCUUAUGACCGAUUUGCUGCAAUCUGCCAUCCUCUGAGUUACCCAGUGAUUAUGACCAAAAUGGUCUUUAUGAAGUUAAUAAUGUUCUCAUGGAUCUCAGGGGUCAUGGUAGCUACUGUUCAAACCUCAUGGGUGUUUAGCUUUCCUUUCUGUGGUCCCAGUGAAAUUAAUCAUCUUUUCUGUGAAACUCCCCCAGUGCUAGAACUUGCAUGUGCAGACACCUUCUUGUUUGAAAUCUAUGCAUUCACAGGCACUAUUUUAAUUGUUAUGGUCCCUUUCUUGCUAAUACUCUUGUCCUACAUUCGAAUUCUCUUUGCCAUCCUGAAGAUGCCAUCAACCACUGGGAGGCAAAAGGCCUUUUCUACCUGUGCCUCUCAUCUCACAUCUGUGACCCUCUUUUAUGGCACAGCCAAUAUGACAUACUUGCAACCCAAAUCUGGCUACUCUCCGGAAACCAAGAAACUGAUGUCACUGGCUUACACGUUACUUACUCCUCUGCUAAAUCCACUGAUCUACAGCUUGCGGAACAAUGAGAUGAAAAGAGCCUUGAUGAAAUUGUGGCAAAGAAAAAUGGUUUCACACACAGUCUGACUAUAUUGAGAAGUCGUGUGCUAUUUGGUC